UAUACACCCGUACCACCCAAAUCAUGCCGGCCCUACAGCGCAAUGUACGUAGGUCCUCCUGUGGUACCGUAACAGACCGUCUUCAUUGAGCAUGUCAACCUUCAGGAGCACAGAAAUCGUCCAGGCCAGUGCAUACCCAGUCACCGACAUCUAGCAAUCCGUGCUGAGAUGGAAAAGAGGUAUCCCCUUUGUUCACGCCACGCUGAUGUGUCCGCAUGUCUCACCAUCCUAUGUCAAGGACGCUGAACUGCGCUCCGCCAGGGAGCGCAAUUCAGACUGCCGGCGAAUUGGCAACUUGAACGAGAGUGCGGGCGCCAGUGGCUCCGCACGUCCGUGCGUUCGCCCUGGGAGUGGCGCAGGCUCACCAACCAGCGACGACGAGUCGACUACCAGCACGCUCACGCCGCUCAGUUCACCGGAACCUGAGACUCCAGGGACGUCGCCCUAUCGCGAGGUGGGGUCGUACGGGCUGCGCAUUCAACCAGUACAAAGCCCCACCAUUUCGCGCUGCUUCCCCGAUCCCAAGCCGGAGCCGUAUGAGUCGUCUUCUGGACGACAAGCAGGAGAGCCGCGCCCGUCCGAUGUUUCCCUGGGGAAGCGCCCCGAGAGAUGGCAGGAGACCAGUAGCAGUACUUGGCCCGCCCCAAGGCGUCGAUCGACAUUCCCUGCUUUGAAUUGGCGCAGAGAGUAUUCUGUACAGCAGUUUACCGUUGACCCCCGUCGCGAACGCGCAAUCCGGUCUCGCAACGAGAAGGUAGUGUGGCCACCGCCAGAGGGACCACGCUCUCGAGCGUACCCCUCCCCGCGACGACAGCCGACCUCGCCGACCUCUACGUCAACCUCUUCGAGGAACAAGGCGCGCUCCGCUGGCGGGUGUGGUUGCGCGUGGAGCCACCCGCCUGGGAGCUGAUCGGGGAGAACCAUCCCCACCCGUUCAUCCAGGGCUACGUGCUCCGCAUGCUGGACAAUGGCCAGCCGCGGUGGGUAACGAAGCACACGUACCGCACAUAUGUCUGGCAUUGGAAGAAACUGGGAUUUGGCCUGUGGAG